CUCUCACUAGCUCCCCUACUAUUAUUUGUUCUCUUUCUCUUUCUAAACAAUAUUAUUGUGUCUAUAAAUAGACCAUACAUCUAGGUAAUAACCAAUGCACCAAAGAAUUAAACUUGUACUUGUCUAACUAACUACUUCUUCUUUGUCCCAAAACUUUGAGAUUUAGUUCAAUAUAUAAACAUGGCAAGAGGUGUUGAGCCAUUGAUAAUAGGAAGGGUGAUAGGAGAGGUGGUUGACAUUUUCAACCCAAGUGUGACCUUAAAUGUUACUUAUAACUCAAGCAAGCAAGUUGCUAAUGGCCAUGAGCUUAUGCCGGCCGUCAUCGUGUCGAAACCUCGGGUCGAGAUCGGUGGUGAAGACAUGAGGUCCGCCUAUACUUUGAUCAUGGUAGACCCGGAUGCUCCAAGCCCUAGUGAUCCAUACCUAAGAGAACAUCUCCAUUGGAUUGUGACGGAUAUUCCCGGAACAACUGAUAUUUCAUUUGGAAAAGAGAUUGUAUGCUAUGAAACACCAAAACCAGUGGUGGGAAUACAUAGGUAUAUCUUCAUACUAUUUCAGCAAACAAGAGGGAGGCAGACGGUGAGGACGCCGUCGUCGAGGGACUGUUUCAACACUAGGAGGUUUGCUGCCGAGAACGGCCUCGGCCUCCCCGUCGCGGUGGUCUACUUCAAUGCUCAGAGAGAAACUGCUGCAAGAAGAAGAUGAUUAUAUUAACAUCAUUUUAUCAAUAAUUAUUCUAUUAAGUAUUUUCCCUAAUUAAGCAAGAGACAUAAUAUAUACUUCUACAUUGUACUUGUAUAUGUUAAUUAUUUCAUGCUAAAUGUUACUCUUUUUUUUUAGUGGGAGAGGGAUCGAAGGGAAAUGAUUUUGGCACACUGUUUUCUUUGGUAUGUUCGAUUGUUCAGAAGGAGGUGCGUCAAUAUCAGUUUCUGUAGGUUAAGUAGGGGUUGUAUUUCAUAAGUGGAACUAGGUUUCUGUAUGCAUGUGGUGUAACUUUUAUUUGUAUAAGUCCCUUUUCAGGGUUAUUUAAUGAUAUGAUUUGAUGAGUAGCUAUUAAGUUAU